AUGUCCAUAGCAGCUCUACAAGAGCGACUCACUGCUUUGCAAGAGACCACCACACAACUAAGGGAGCUCAUCGACCGGCUCGCCCAUCUCGACUUCCAACCCGGCUCCGUCCCCCAAGGCACCGAUGAAGAAAGCAGCGUGAGCGGCGAACUAAGUGAAGAAAUCGGCCAGCUUCUACGAAAUGGCCUCGACGAACAGGAACUUCUCCAAGAAGAAGUCAAGUUUGCUCGACCGGAAGGAGUAGAAAAGACAGGGCUAAGGGAAAGUGUCGAUCGGCUUGCUUCCGAACUCGCCAGUUGCCGGGGAAACUUUCGAAAAGCACGACUAGCAGCACGAGAAUCUCUAGCCCGAGCCCAGAAACUAGAACGCCAACUCAUCAUACAAUCGUACUCCCUCCCCGUCUCUGAGCCAGACGUCUUGCAAACCGAAGAGGCUCCCGCGCCUAUACACCGCCCCCAGCGAUAUUAUCAAGAGCAUCAACAAUCGCAUCUGUCCGAAAACGAGCAACGUACUGUUGGGGCAGGCAACGAUGUUACGAAUGCGCUGCGCCGAACGCACGAUCUCAUCGCCACGGAGCUGUUUCGCAGCGAAUAUGCGCACCAAACUCUGACUGAGUCGUCUGCUGCGCUGAAACAGCUCAAUGAGUCGUAUUCUUCGUUGGACAGUAUGCUCGCCAGUUCACGGGAUUUACUGGGGACGUUGCUGCGCUCACAGAAAAGUGAUACGUGGUACCUCCAGACGUCUAUGUACAUGUUGAUGGUGACGGGGGCGUGGCUGUUGUUCAGGCGGCUUUUGUAUGGCCCAAUGUGGUGGUUGGUUUGGCUGCCGUUGCGGGUGUUGUUUGGCGUGGGGUCCAAGGCUGGGAGUGCGGUGAUGCAGAGAGGUGCUGGGGAGUCUGGCAAGGUUGGGGGCGUGGGCGAGGACGGCAAAGUUUCGGUGGAGGGGUUGCCGAAGGAGGAUUUGCCGACUGUGCAGGUGGGAGGGAAGAUGGACUCGGGCUCGAAGGACGACUCGGAUUCCAUGAUUGAAAAGGUUGCCAAGGUAGUUGAAGAGGCGGGUGAGUUGGGGAACUUGGGCGGCGAGGGGGAUGUUGAUGCGGAGGACCAGCCGAGGAAUCCUAAAAAGAGGAUGUGGGAGGAGCCGGAGGUCAAGUCAGAAACCGGCUCAGAGGGCAUACGUGAUGAAUUGUAA